UCAGUAUUAUAUGUUUUAUAGACAGUGAUUGCAUUAGAAAUAAUUUAUUUAUUUUAAAUUAAACUUGGAUAUAAUCUCAACUCAGAUAUAAAAAUGCCUGGAGUAGAACAUCGUAGUCAAACUCCAUUCAUACAAUGGCUUCGAGAUUUUGGUCGAGGUAGAAAACAUGUAUCAAGUUUAAGACAUGCAGAUGGUAUUGCUGCACGUACACAACCACCUCCACAUGUACCUGGAGGACCAUAUCAUAAAAGCUCAAAAGUAUAUUACUAUACUCGUGACGCUAGACGUCUUGUACAACCACCAAUUGAAAUAUAUACUGAAGGUCAUUUAGAAACAAGGAAAAUUGAUACAACUAAAAUAAAAUUAGAGGCAUUAUCAAAAUCAAAAUAAAAUAAAAA